GUUGAAGACAGUUUAGCAGCGGUCGCCGGCCUGAGCGUUCGUUUCCUCGAGCCUGAUUACCCAGCGAACCGCGAACAGUUUUCAAUUCGCACGCGCUAAAUAUAACUGCUAUCUGCUCGUUAUCGUAGCUGUAAUUCUUGUUUUCCAUAAUUCUACUCGGGCGUUUUUAUAAUAAAUCAUAAUUCACAGUUCAGCGCAUAGGGCCUUCGGCAUCUAAUUGCGCGUUCGUCGGAUUUCUGACGAGAUUCUAAAGCUGCUCAUGAAAAAUUGAUUAAAUCGUAGAAAUAGAUUCCCCGGAGACCUGGAUCGUACGGGUACUCCCGGAGGAAACCAGUUUUAGAUUCUGCGAAAAACGAGUUCCGCGUAGCUUAAAAAAUGAUUUGCUUCCGAGCUACGGUUUUGUUCUACGUGACAGCGAUUAUUAUAAGUCACGUGGUCGGCUCGGAACAACCGCACAUCGUAUUCAUCUUAGCCGACGACUUGGGAUGGAACGACGUCGGGUUUCACGGGUCAGGGCAAAUACCGACACCGAAUAUCGAUGCGUUGGCGUAUUCCGGUUUGAUGCUGGACCGGUAUUACGUCGCACCGAUCUGUACUCCGUCCAGGAGCGCUCUAAUGACCGGCAAGCAUCCCAUUCAUACCGGAAUGCAGCACGGGGUUUUAAAGUGUGCCGAGCCACGAGGGCUGCCUCUGCAUGAGAAACUUCUGCCGGAGUAUCUGAAGGAGCUCGGCUAUAAUACGCAUAUCGUGGGUAAAUGGCAUUUGGGAUUCUACACGAAAGAGUACACCCCCACGUACAGGGGAUUCGAAACGCACACCGGGUUCUGGAGUGGUCACCAGGACUACUAUGAUCACACCGCCGUGGAGAGCCCGUACUGGGGUUUGGACAUGAGGAGAGGAUUAGACCCUGCCUGGGAUCUCCACGGCCAAUAUUCCACGGAUAUCUUCACGAGGGAAGCAGUGAAACUGAUCGACGGUCAUAACACCAGUCGACCGAUGUUCCUGUACUUGGCACAUGCGGCCGUGCAUUCUGGAAACGAGUACAAUCCGCUGCCGGCGCCUGAUCAGGACGUGGCCAAGUUCACCAGUAUCUUUAAUUACAACCGUAGACGCUUCGCUGGCAUGCUGAGCAAGCUGGACGAAUCGGUCGGCCAAGUGGUCGAGGCGCUCCGUAAGAAAAACAUGCUGAAGAACAGCAUAAUCGUGUUCUCCACGGACAACGGCGGGCCACCGGCCGGUUUCAAUUUAAACGCCGCCUCGAACUGGCCUCUCAGAGGCACGAAAAAUACUCUCUGGGAAGGUGGCGUAAGAGGAGCCGGUUUACUAUGGUCGCCGAAGUUACUGCAAACUGGAAGAGUCAGUAGACAGCUGUUUCACAUUACUGAUUGGUUGCCGACGUUGAUAACGGCUGCCGGCGGAGAUCCAUCGAAGUUGUCUAUCGAUGGUAUGGAUUUGUGGAACGCAUUAAGUGACGACACGGAAUCGCCCAGGACUUCGGUUCUUCACAAUAUCGACGAUAAAUUCGGCGUCGCAGGAAUAACUAUCGGUGACUGGAAGUACGUCCAGGGAACAACGUAUAAGGGUGAAUGGGAUGGUUGGUACGGUCCGUCGGGACGAGAAUGGGUCUACGAUGUCGGAGGGGUGAUUGGUAGCGUGGCUGCCAGAGCAGUGGCUAGCGUGGGUCUGUCUCUGUCAGCGGACACUGUUCGACAGCUCCGAGAGGAAGCUAUGAUUAAAUGCCCUCCAAGGAACGGCAGUUUGCCACUCUGCAAGCCAAUGAUAGAGCCCUGUUUAUUCAACAUCCAAAGAGAUCCUUGCGAGGAUAAUAAUCUAAUACACGAGUAUCCGACUAUCGUGGAAAGUUUAAGGACCGAGCUGCAGAAAUUGAACGCCACAGCGAUUCUACCUGGGAACCUUCCCUGGGACAAGAGAGCCGAUCCGGUAUUGUGGGAUCACAUGUGGACCAACUUCGGUGACCAUUUACACGUUUUUGCAAACACUGUUAGCUGAAAUGAUAGUAGGAAUAGUACGGGAACUGCGAUUAUAGGGAUAAAGUUCGCCCUUUCCUUGUUUUCAGUCGUUAAUGUCCUUUUCUCGUGGUAACAAUUAAACGACUCGCAGGGAAUUAUAAA